UUUUACAAGCGCCACGCGAGGACAUUUGAGCGCAAAGAAGACCUUUUUUGGACUCGUUAAAAAGUGAGGUUGGAGUUGGAGCUUUCGCUCGGAGAUCUUGCGGAGUGUUUUUUUUUUUUUUAAUUUUUCACAUCUUCUUCCCGAGUGGCUGCAGACUCAAGGGAACCGACGAUGGAUAAAAACCUGUUCGGAGGAGUCCCCAGGUUCCUCACCCGCCCCAAGGCGUUCUCGGUGUGCGCCGGCAAGGACGCCACGCUGAGCUGCACCAUCGUGGGCAGCCCGACGCCGCUGGUCACCUGGGAGAAGGAGAAGCUGAAGCUGACGUCCGGCGGACGCUUCAAAACCGUGGAGGACGGCGACGUGUACCGCCUCACCGUCUACGACCUGACCCUGGAGGACAGCGGCCAGUUCAUGUGCCGCGCCAGGAACAGCGUCGGGGAGGCCUACGCCGCCGUGACCCUCAGAGUGGCCCUGCCGUCGGAGAUGGCGCCGAGGGCCCCGGCCUUCGCGGUCAAGCCCGCCGCGGCGCGCGCCGCCCCGGGCGACGACGUCGUCUUCCACUGCCGCGUGGUGGCCCACCCGGAGGCCAACUUCGACUGGGAGAAGGACGGCCGCUACCUGGGGGAGAGCAACCGCGUCAAGAUCGUCUCCGACAGCGACGGCAGCGUCUUAAAGAUCCAGAGCGUGCGCGGCCUCGACGCCGGCACCUACACCUGCCGGGCCCAGAACACCGUGGGCCGGGCGCACUGCGCGGCGGCCCUGGUCGUGGACGCCCAGGACUCCCGCCGCCACCCGGCGGCGGACAAGAGCACCUCCCUCCUCUCCCACCUGCAGAAGCGCAAGGAGGAGAUGAACAAGGACAUCUCGGUCUAUCGCACCGGAGAAAGCCGGUCCUCCGUCACCAUCUCCUCCUCCUCCGCCACCUCCUCCUCCUCCAGUGCCAACAUCGCCGACGGCCCGGGUUCCCCCGGCCUGGAGAACGAGCUGAGGGCGUCGGCGCUGGCGAAGCUGCCCAAGGGCGUGUUCACGCGCACCUGCACGGUGACCGAGGGCAAGCACGCCAAGCUCAGCUGCUUCGUGACCGGUCACCCCAAGCCCCACAUCACCUGGAGGAAGGACGGGGCGAACAUCCGCGAGGGCCGCAGGCAGGUCAUCUACGAGGACCACGCCGAGAACUUCAUCCUCAAGAUCCUGUACUGCAAGCAGGCCGACAACGGCCUCUACACCUGCAACGCCACCAACAUGGCGGGCCAGACCUACAGCGCCGUGUUGGUCACGGUCAAAGAGCCUAAGGUGCCAUUCAGGAGGAAGCUUCAGGACGUGGAGGUCCAGGAGAAGGCGUCCGCCACGCUGAUGUGUGAGGUUCCCGUGAGUGCCACCACGUCCAGCUGGUUCAUGGAGGAGACGCGUCUGCAGCAAAGCACCAAGUACAACAUGGAGCAGGACGGCACCCUCCGACGCCUCACCAUACACAACGUCACCACCAACGACGACGGCGUGUACAUCUGCGAGAUGAAGGAAGGCAGCCGCACCGUGGCUGAGCUCACCGUCCUGGGGAACAUAACCAAGAAGCUCCCCCGCAGGACGGUGGUACCCGUCAGCGACACCGUCAUCUUCUGCGUGGAGCUGGAGCGCCCCUUCCCGGACGCUCGCUGGACCCGCAGUGGGGUCGAGCUGAAGGAGGACUCGCGCGUUUCCAUGGCGCGCGCGCUCAGGCAGUACACGCUCACCAUCAGGGAUUGCCAGGCCGAGGACUCGGGAGAGGUGGCCUUCGUGGCCGGAGACUGCAAGACCUCCACUCGGUUCUCCGUCACCGCUGCAAGGAAGCAUCCCCCCGAUCCCCCGGUGGACGCGGCGGUGCGGAACAAGACCGACUCGUCCGUCACCAUCCGGUGGUCUCCUCCGGACAGCGAGCGCCCCGUGCCCGUCAAGGGCUACGUCGUGGAGAAGAGGAAGGUCGGCGCUCAGACGUGGCAGAGGUGCAACGCCGGCGAGCCCGUCGCUUCGACGGAGGUCACCGUCAGCAGCUUCGCGGAGGAAGCCACCUACCAGUUCCGCAUCUCCGCCGUCAACGACUUCGGCCAAAGUCCUCACCUGGAAGUGCCGGGGACCUUCUACCUCGAGCCCAGCGCCGAAAUCACGAAAGGCCUGACGAGCUGCGUGGCCCGCUGCGGCGAGGAGUUCUCCGUCUCCGUGGAGCUGUCGGCCGUCUGCUCCGGCUCCUGGUCCCUGGGCGGCCGCCUGCUGCGCAGCGGGGCGGACUACCUCGUCACCAGGUCCAAGAACACGCACGCCCUGCUCGUCCGCGCCGUGGACGCCGAAAUGGACGGGGCCGAGGUCAAGUUCGUGGGCGGAGGCUCGCAGAGCAGCUGCGUCCUCUCUGUGAAGGCUCCUCCUGCGACGUUCACCAACAAGUCGGAUGUGCCGGAGGUGAUCUGCAGCGCCCAGGCCACCGCGCGGCUGACCGCCGAGGUGUCGGAUUGCGACGCGCAGGUGGUUUGGAUGAGAAAUGAGCGGGAGGUGAAAGUGGGAAAGAAGUACGAAUGCGCGGCCGACGAGCGCAAGAGGAUCCUCGCCGUGCACAACGUGACCGAGGAAGACGUCGGCACCUACGAGUGCGUUUUGGCCGAGGACAGAAUGCGCCUGCGACUCGCUCUUAAAGAUGAACCGGCCAAAUUUCUGAACAAAGCCAGAGGGACGGUGGGAAUGUCGCCGUCCCUCAAGGGAGACCUCGAGCUGAGCUGUGAGGUUUCUCCCGCCGGCGCGGCCGUCGCGUGGAGGAAAGAUCACGUGGAGAUAACCGAGGACCAAAGGACCACCUUCAUCUGCAAGGGGACUCAAAGGAAACUCGUCAUCAAGAACGCCAAGAAGACCGACGAAGGACAUUACUCCUGCGAGACCGCGGCAGACAAAGUCACAUUCCAGGUCAAAAUCAAAGAAACUCAAGCCGCAGCUGCCUUCUCCAACAGGGAGUCCGUCCAGAGGGAGGUGAAAGCUUCCCUCUCCCAGAAGGCCACCCUCAGUUGCAGCGUUGCGGACAGCAAGGCAGAAGUGAAAUGGUGCAAAGACGGCAAGCCGCUGAUCUCCAGUCGGGCGGUUUACUCCGAGGCGAAAGGCAACGCCCGUCAGCUGGUGAUCGAGAAGGUGGAGAAGAGCGACGCUGGCGAGUACACGUGCGAAGCCGGGGGGGACAAGCUGGUCUUCAAGAUAUUUGUGUCAGAGGUUCAAUCGGCUUUCUCCAACGCGGCCUCGGUCCGGAAGGAGGUGAAAGCCGCUCCGUCGCAGAAAGCCACGCUGGGCUGCGAGGUCGCCGACGCCAAGACUGAGGUGAAGUGGUACAAGGACGGCAAGCCGGUGACCUCCGGCAAGGCGGUCCGCGCCGAGUCCAGAGGCAAGAGUCGCCAGCUGGUGAUCGACAGCGUGGAGAAGAAGGACGCCGGGGAGUACGUCUGCGAGGCCGGGACUGAGAAGUUGGCUUUCCAGAUACAGGUGGCAGAGGCCCAGUCAGCCUUCUCCAACAAGGAGUCGGUCCAGAAGGAGGUGAAGGCUGCUCCCUCCCAGAAAGCCACCCUGAGCUGUGACGUUUCCGACGCCAAGACGGAGGUGAAAUGGUACAAGGGCGGCAAGCUGCUGACCUCCAGCAUGACCAUCCACGGCGAGUCGAGGGGUAAAAGCCGCCAGCUGGUGCUAGAGAGCGUGGAGAAGAAGGACACUGGGGAGUACGUGUGUGAAGCUGGGACUGAGAAGCUGGUCUUUAAAUUACAAGUGGAAGGUUCUUCGACGGAGGUCCAGGCUAAAUCCGCUUUCCUCAGCAAAGAGUCGGUCCAAAGGGAAGUCAAAGCCACUCUCUCCCAGAAGGCCACCCUGAGCUGUGAGGUGGUCGAUAGCAAAACAGAGGUCAAGUGGUCCAAGGAUGGAAAACUGCUGAGUAGCAGCAGGGCAGUUCACAUGGAGUCAAAGGGCCAGACCCGUCAGCUGGUGAUCGACGGCGUGGAGAAGAAGGAUGCAGGAGAAUACGUCUGUGAGGUCGGAACGGAAAAAAUGGCAUUCAAAGUACAGGUGACAGAAAGCCAAUCCAAGUCAUCCUUCUCCAACAAGGAGUCGGUCCAGAAGGAGGUGAAAGCCUCGCUCUCCCAGAAAGCCACGCUGAGCUGCGAGGUCGCCGACGCCAAGUCGGAGGUCAGGUGGUACAAGGACGGCAAGCCGGUGACCUCCGGCAAGACGGUCCGCGCCGAGUCCAGAGGCAAGAGUCGCCAGCUGGUGAUCGACAGCGUGGAGAAGAAGGACGCCGGGGAGUACGUCUGCGAGGCCGGGACUGAGAAGUUGGCUUUCAAGAUACAGGUGGCAGAAUCCCCGGCUGGCUUCUGCAACAAGGAGUCGGUCCAGAAGGAGGUGAAAGCCUCGCUCUCCCAGAAAGCCACGCUGAGCUGCGAGGUCUCCGACCCCAAGACUGAGGUGAAGUGGUACAAGGACGGCAAGCCGCUGACCUCCAGCAAAGCGGUCCACGUGGAGUCCAGGGGCAAGCGCUGCGAGCUGGUGAUAGAAAAAAUGGAUAAAAAAGAUGUUGGCGAAUACGCGUGCGAGGCCGGAGCAGAGAAGCUGGUAUUUGAGCUUCAGAUGGCAGACGAAGCUGUCAAGUUCCAGAAGAAGCUGGUUAAGGACACAUGCGCUGUUCAAGCUACCGAGACGGUGGUUCUGACCGCCGAGCUGACCAAAGAGUGCGGUGAUGUGAAAUGGUUCAGAGACGGCGUGGAGCUCAAGGAGGGCAGCAAGUACGAAAUGAAAAAAGAGGGCCUCUCCCGUACCCUGAUGGUGAAAUCCUCCGAAUCCAAAGACGGCGGAACGUACUCCUGUCAAACGGCUGACGACAAACUGGAGUUCAAAGUUCAAGUCAAAGAUCCAGCUCUGAAGUUCUCGGUCCCUUUGAAAGCUGCCACGGUGGAGUUGGGCGGCACGCUCACGCUGGUGUGCGAGCUGGACCGCGCCACGUCGGCGCAGGUGGUCUGGCGCCGCGACGGUCGCGAGAUCGGACCCGGCGGCCGUCACUGCGUCGGGGCGGACGGCGCCAAGCGGGUCCUCGCCGUGACCGGCAUGACUAAAGACGACGAGGGAGAAUACAGCUGCGAAUGCACAAACGACAAGACCUCCGCCCAAGUCUCCUCCAAAGCACCCAGGCUCGUGCGGCUGACCGCCAAACCCAACAACGUGGCCGCCACGGAGGGGAAGGACGCCGUCUUCAAGUGCGCCGUCCACCCGCCGGACGCCGCCGUCCGGUGGUUCCACAACGGCGCGGCGGUCGCUGCCGGGCCCAGGUACAAGGUGGAGCGCGGCGGUGGGAGUCACUCGCUCACCAUCGCCGCCGUCACCCAGGAGGACGCCGGGGAGGUCAGCGUCGACGCGGAGGGCAAAAGCUGCAGAGCUUCCCUUCAAGUGCAGCAUGAGCCUGUGACGUUGAAGAAGAAGCUGGAGGACCUGACGGCGGAGGAGCAGAGUGAAGUGAGGCUGGAGGUGGAGCUCAGCAGGCCGUCGGGCGAGGUGAGGUGGAUGAAGAACAGCGUCGUGCUGCAACCCGCUGGAGACGUGGAGAUUCGGGUCGACGGCGCCAAGCAGGCCCUGGUCUUCAAGAGUGUGACGUACGCCGACCGGGGCGUCUACUCCUGUGAAACGCUGGACGACAAAACCCAGGCCAAGCUCAGCGUGGAGAUGAGGAAGAUCCAGGUCCUGAAGGGUCUCAGGGACACCAAGGCGCGCGAGGCGGAGACGGUGACCCUGGAGGUAGAACUGAGUCAGGCCGACGUCAAGGGCUCCUGGAGCCGGGAUGGCGCCCGGAUAAAGACGGGGGCGAGCUGCCGGAUCACAGCCCUGGGCAAGAAGCACGCCUUGACGUUGUCUGAUCUCAAGAGGGAGGACGCGGGAACUGUUGCCUUCCAAGCGGAAGGAGUGCACAGUUCGGGCAAACUGAUUGUCACAGAACCUCCUGCUGUGAUCUCCAAGCCCCUCACUGAUAUCAGCGUUCCUGAGAAGGAGAAGGCCGCUUUUGAUUGCGAAGUGUCCAGAACAAACGCAGAUGUUAAAUGGUUCAAGGGUGACGUGGAAGUGAAACCGGGUAAGAAUGUUGGCGUCCAUUCCUCGGGCCGAAAGCGCACUCUGGUCAUCAACAAAUGCGCCCCUGAAGAUGCAGGAACUUACGUCUGUCGCACCGCCGACGACAACACGGCCGCCACGCUCGCCGUUCUGGCCAGAGAUGUUCAGAUUGUUAGGAAGCUGGAGGACAUUGAAGUGAUGGAGAAGGAGAGUGCUGCCUUCGUCUGUGAGAUCUCCCACGACGAAGUGGACCACCAGUGGUGCAAAGGAGGCGUCAAGCUCAAAGCCAGUGACGACAUCAGGAUGAGACAAGAGGGCAAAACCUACACACUGCUGUUUAAGGCUGUCACCGCCGAGGACGUGGGUGAGAUUAAAUUCACAGCUGACAAAGCCUCCUCCACUGCCAAACUGAGAGUGAAAGAGCUGCCCGUGAAGUUUGUGAAGAGACUCAGGGAUAAGAUAGCGAUGUUUAAGCAUCGCGGUCACCUCGAAUGCCAAGUGUCGCGUGCCAGCGCUGCGGUGAAGUGGUACAAGAACAAGCUGGAGAUCAAACAUGGCAAGAAGUACGAGAUCAAAGCUGAAGAUGUGUACCGGAAACUCAUCAUCAACGAUGUAGACUCAGGGGACGAGGACACCUACACCUGUGACGCUGCUGAUGACAAGACAAGCUGUAAACUCCUUGUAGAAGAGCAGUCGAUCAGCAUUGUGCGGGAGCUUAGUUCGGUGGAGGUGACAGAACCCUUUGCGGCCGUUUUUGAAGUCGAAAUCAGCAUGGAGCUGGUGAAACCUCCCACGUGGGCUCUGAAUGGAGUCGCCGUGCGGGACGGCGCUGACGUGGAAAUGGAGAAAGAGGGCACCAUGCACCGCCUCACUUUCAAAAAGACCAAAGCAUCGAUGAGCGGACCCGUGCAGUUCACCGCUGGGAAGAGCAAGUCUUCGGCUCAGCUCACAGUCAAAGAGCGCCCGCUCGAGAUCGCGGAGCCCAUCAAAGACGUCAAGGCGAAGGAGAAAAGCUCCGCCAUUCUCACCUGCAAGUUCUCCGCCCCGCCCAAAGAGGUCACGUGGUCCAGAGGUCAGGCGCCUCUGUCGGCGUCGGGCAAGUACAACAUGAAGCGAGACGCUACAAGGGCUCAGCUCACCAUUCAAGGGUUAACAGAGGAAGACAGUGGAGAGUACCGCUGUCAGUCUGGACCUGCCGAGACCAGAGGGACACUUACUGUUGAAGUGCGAGACGUUAAGAUCACCAAGCACUUGGCGGACACGGAGGUCGACGAAGACAGCGACGCGGUGUUCACCUGUGAGGUCAACUACGCCGACGAGGAGGCGCGGUGGCUCCUGAAUGACAAGGUGCUCUUCACCAACGAGGUCAACGCCAUCGCCCACGACGGACAGGUUCACAGGCUCACCCUGAAGAACUUGGCCCCCCAGGACGGAGGGACCAUCGCCUUUGAAGUCCGCGGGGCGAAAGAGUCCGCGACGCUGCGGGUUAAAGAGAAGCGCGCCGUGUUCCUCAAGUCCCUAGACGACGUCACAGGAGAGGAGAGAGGCAUGAUAACUCUGGCGUGCGAGGCCUCCAAGCCGCGGGUUUCUCCCACGUGGAGGAAAGAGGGUCAAGUCUUGAAGGCCGGGUCAAAGUAUGAGCUCCUGCACACCGGCAAGUCCCUGGGACUCAUCAUCAAGGACGUCACCAAAGACGAUGCCGGAGAGUACAGCUGUGAUCUCGGAACUGAGGUUUCUAAAGCCAAGGUCACCGUAAGAGAGAUCGGCAUCGGGAUCACCAAAUGGCUGAAGUCAGCUGAGGUGAAUGAGGGGGACUCGUGUAGCUUUGAGUGCAUAUUAUCCCGCGAGAGCACGGACGAGUGCUCCUGGACUCUCGAUGGCCACGCCGUCGCAAGCGGAGGCCGCUUCCGAGUCACCAGUAAAGGACGCAAGUACACGCUGACCGUGAAGGACGUCGUCCCCGACGACGCCGGCGAGGUGGCCUUCAACAUCCAAGACCUGAGCUCCAAGGCGACAUUGGCGGUCGAAGGCCGAGCUGCGUCCGUGUCCAAGGGACUGCAGAACGUCAGCGCUGCGCGAGGCGAGGACGCCGUGUUCACCUGUGAGCUGACGCAGUCCAAUUCCGCCGUGAAGUGGGCCAAGGAAAGCAAAGCCCUCAAAAGGAGCCAGAAGUACGACAUUUGCCAAGAGGGGAAAAUCUCGACGCUGACCGUCCGCAAUGUCUCGGCUCAAGACUGCGGAGAGUACAGCUGUGAAGUGGUGGGAGGAGCCACCACCAAAGCCACGCUGGAAAUCCGGGAGCCAAUCCAUAAAUUCACCAAAGCGCUCGUGGACAGCCGGGCCGAGCGGACGGGCUCCCUGACGUUGCGAUGCCAGACCGCGCAAGCCGCCUCCGCCGUGACCUGGCUCAAAGGUCACGCCGAACUGGCGGCGGGGGGUCGAUAUGAGAUGUCCCAGAUGGGGGAGGCCCUGACCCUCACCAUCCAUCACCUGGAGGAGGAAGACACCGACAUCUACACCUGCGACGUGGGCACCGCCAAGAGCAUGGCGAAGGUGACGGUGGACGCCCCGCCGGCCAAUUUUGAAGAGAAGCUCAGGGACCAGGAGAAGAAGGAGGGAGAAUCCGUGACGCUUUGCUGCAAGUUAUCGAAACCCGCUGAUGGUGUUCGGUGGCGAAGGGGCUCUGAAGUUCUCAAGCCUGGAGAAAAGUACGAGAUGAAGCUGGAGGAGACGUCUUGUGAGCUUCGGAUUAAGGAUCUAGAGGUUGAAGAUAGUGGAGCGUAUUAUUGCACGUGUGGAGACCAGGAGACAUCUGCAGCAGUCAAAGUCAACGCAUUGCCGCCGAGCUUCGUACGGAAGCUUGAGAGCCAGGAGGCCGAGGAGGGAGCCAGCGUCGCGCUGCGUUGUGAGCUCUCUAAGCCCGGAGUACCUGUUGAGUGGAAGAAGGGAACCGAGUUGCUGAAGUCUGGAGAGAAGCACCAGGUGAAGCAGAAGGCCUGUGCGAAUGAACUCCUGAUCAAUAAGGUGGAGGCAGAAGACAGCGGAGACUACAGCUGUGUGUGUGGAGACCAGAAGACCUCGGCUAGCCUCAAGAUCAAAGUCCUUCCCGUGGCGGUCGUUCGAGACCUGGAGAGCCAGGAGGCGGAGGAAGGAAACGCGGUCACUCUGCGCUGCGAGCUUUCUAGACCGCGGCUCGCCGUCCAGUGGAAGAGGGGCAAUCGACCGCUGAGCUGCGGAGAAAAGUACCACGUGAUGCAAGCGGGAUCCACUUAUGAGCUGCGCAUCCUGGACGCGAGACCCGAGGACGCGGGAAUCUACGCGUGCUGCUGGGAGGAGACGAUGUGCUCCGCCUCCGUGGUGGUGAAGGCGGCCCCGGUUAUUUUCACCAGAGAGCUUGAGAGCCAAACGGCGGACGAGGGGGGCAGCGUGACCCUGCGGUGCGAGCUUUCUAAGCCCGGCGUUCCUCUGGAGUGGAGGAAAGGAGAGCUCGGCCUUUGCCCCUGCGCAAAGUAUGAAAUGAGGCAGUCGGGCCCCCGGGCCUGGCUGGUGAUCCACGACGUGGACCGAGAGGACGCCGGUAGCUACACGUGUGACGGCGGCGCCCAUCGAAGCAGCGCACAGGUGGACGUGAAGGCCCAGCCGGUGCUUUUCAAAACCCAGCUGCAAAACCUGGAAAGAGAGGAAGGGGAGAGCGCCGUUCUCCGCUGUGAGACCACGAAGCCGGGGGCCAGCGUGGUCUGGAGGUGUGGCGACAGGACGCUGGCCCCCGGCAGCAAGUACCACCUGAAACGGGACGGAGCCACGGCCCAACUCGCCAUCCACAGGCUGCAGGGAGCCGACUCGGGAGAAUACUCCUGUGACACGGGCUUCCAGAGGACCUCAGCCGUCCUCACCGUGAAGGAGGUGGAGGUUAGCAUACUGAAGUUCUUGGAGAGCUGCGUUGUGCACGAGGGGGAAGACGUUCACUUUGAAUGCGAGGUUUCUCGCGAUGAGGCGCCUCCGGCUCAGUGGAAGCUCCAGGACGUCCCGCUACAGAGCAAUGAAAUGAACCUGAUCAAGUCCGAGGGUCCCGUUCACAGCCUCACGCUCAGAGGGGUCACCACGGCUGACUCGGGAACGGUCACGUUCACGGUGGGCAACCACACCUCCACCGCUUCUCUGACAGUCAGAGCGGCGCCGGUGGUAUUCACGAAGGAGCUGGAGAGCCAAAGGGCCGCCGAGGGAGACGAGGCCACCCUGUCCUGCGAGACGUCCAGCCCCGACUGCCAGGUGACCUGGACGAAGGGCUCGUCCGUGCUCGCCGCCGGGGGGAAGUUCUCGAUGGAGCAGAGAGCUGCCACUCACAGCCUGGUGGUACGCAAGCUGAGCCCCGAGGACAGCGGCGAAUACACCUGUGAUACAGGAGACAGGAAGACGACAGCGACCCUGACGGUGAAAGAGCAUGUGCGCCUCGUCCGAGAGCUCCGGGACAUGACGGUGGCCACCGGGCAGGACGCGGUCUUUGAGGUGGAGUUGUCUCAUUCCGACGUGACGAGCGGAGAAUGGUGGCUCGGGGAGAACCUCCUCCAAAAUAACGACCUGAAUCAAAUGAGCAGCCAGGGCAAAGUGCACCGCCUGGUCCUGAAGAUGGUGACCACAGAUGAAUCCGGGGACGUCGCCUUUGUGGUGGGGCGAGAGAAGAGCGUGGCUUGUCUUCAGGUGGAGGAGAAACCCAAAGUGCUAAUUCUAGAGAAGCCACCCAGCUGUGUGGCAGCAGAGGGAGAAACGGUCACUCUGGCCUGCACCGUCUCCGACGCCAAGGCCACUGUCACCUGGAGCAGAAACAAGGUGGCCAUCCGAGCAGGCCUCAAGUACGACCCGAGGAGCAGCGGAGCGCUCCACCAGCUCCGCAUUCGCAACGCGGUGCCCGAGGACUCGGGGACGUACACCUGUGACACCGGAGAUGCGCAGUGUGACGUCACCUUGACUGUGGAAGGGGCCCCAGUGUUCUUCCACAAGGAGCUCCAGAACCUGGACGCCGUAGAGGGCGAUGACGUCACCUUGCGCUGCGAGCUGUCAAAGCCAGGUGUCCGCGUUGAGUGGAGGAAAGGAGGCAUAGUCCUCCAGCCCGGUGCGAAGUGUGAGAUGAGGCAGGAAGGGUGCGUUCAAGAGCUCUCGUUGCGGAACCUGGAGCCCGAGGACAGUGGUUACUACACCUGCGAUGCAGGAGACCAGCUAACCACAUCUUCUUUGGCAGUGCAAGCGAAAGAAGUCUUCAUAGUGUGCGGUCUUAAGGCCGUCGACGUCUUUGUUGGGGAGUGGGCAACUUUCUCCUGCCAGCUGUCGGGUAGGGCACCCGGCCAGGCGCAGUGGUGGCUGGACGGCACCUCGCUGGAGGACGGCGCCUUUAGUGCGAUAGAGCUGAGCCACGGCCACGUGCACACGCUCACCUUAAAGAACCUGGCCACGGGCGACACCGGCGCGGUCACGUUCAAAGCGGGCGAUUUAACGUCAGCAGCCAAGCUCUUAGUCAAAGAUCCCACAGUCGAAGUGGUGAGCGAGAUGGAGGACCUUCGGGUGCGCGAGAACCAAGUGGCCGAGUUCGUCUGCCAGUACUCGCGGCCGGUCACGGCUCAGUGGAAAAAAGACGGGCGGCCAUUGCAGCCGGACGGGCGCAGGGUGCUAGUGGAGCAGGACUGGAACGUGGCGCGCUUGUACAUUAGCCGCGUGUCCGCAGAGGACCGGGGCGCGUACUCCUGCGAGGCGGGGGCCACCUGCUCGGUCGCUUCACUUUACGUGGACGACAAACCCAUUGACAUCGUGCAGGGCCUGGAGAACGUAGAGACCUUCGAUGGAGGAGAGGCGCUGUUCGAGUGCGCCCUCUCUCGCCCCGAGAGGAAAGAUUGCCGCUGGCUCCUGGACGGCAAACCAGUCAAGGAGUCCCCUAAUGCUGAGAUGGUGACAUUUGAGAGUGGCCUUCGCCAUCUGCUGCUGCUGAAAGCGCUGCGAGUGAAAGACAGCGGCACCGUGACGUUCAAAGCCUGCGCGGCAUCUUCAUCCGCUCAGCUCUGCGUCAAGCGUUGGCAGCUGGAUGUGGUGAAGGCUCUGGAGGACAAGGUGGCCGCCGUCGGGGAGAAGGUUGAGUUUUGUGUCGAGCUCACCGAGCCCGUCCCUACGGCCGAAGUGGCCUGGUACGCAAAUGGCGUGGAGAUCAAGCCCAGUGACCUCUGGGCCACGAGGGCCGACGGAUGCUCCUACCGACUCGUCCUGAGACGGGCACCUCUUUUGCCCCAGCAGGAAAUUACAUUUGCUGCAAGAGAUGCUCUCUCUUUGGCCAAGCUCACCGUCAUUAGCGUGCCUGAUCCUCCAGAGGACCCGGAGGUCCUCAAUAAAACAGAGGGGUCCGUGGUCCUCUCCUGGUUCACUCCUUUACACGACGGAGGGAGCCCCAUUCUGGGCUACCGGGUGGAGAUGCGGCUGGCGGACAGCUCCCUGUGGCUGCCGUCGCACUCUGAACCCGUGUGCAACACGGAGUUUGUGGUGGAAAACCUCUCCCCGGGGAGCGGCUACAGGUUCAGGGUGGCGGCCAUCAACAGAGCCGGCCUCGGGGAACCUGUUGAGCUGCCGCAGACCGUGCAGCUUGGUACGAAGGCAAAACAGGAGGAUGGUGAGAUGAUGGGCCAACCCAGUCUGCCCCCGGAAGCUGCCAAAGAAGGGGAUCUCCACGAGCUGUGGGAGGAGUCGGCCAAGAAGCGGCGCAUGAGCAGAGAGCCGACUCUGGACUCCAUCACUGAACAACCGGAGGAGGUCGUCGGUGGCCAAAAGAAAUCCGGGCAGAAGGAGCUGAAGUCCGUUGAGAAAGUGGAAACAAAAUCAGAAGAGCAGAGUCAGGUCGCCGUGUCCAAGAAGCAGACGGAGUCCAAGGUGUCCUCCAGCUGCGGGGACGAGUCUGCUGCUGGUGGUUCAACGCUCGUCUCCUACCUCAAGAAGAGCAGCACGGCCACGGUCACAGCGACCAGCGAGGCGGGGCCCAUGACCACCGAGAGGUUCUUUGAACAUUUCAAGAUGGCAGAGCAGAGAACGGUGCAGCACACUGGGGUUGAAACGACCGCCAUCCAGCAGACGGAUGGGAAACCGGUGCCAGCAAAGGAGGCGGACGUCAUGGAGAUCAGCAAAGAGGAUGAGCCCGAGCUCAGAGAUGCCGCCAUUAAGAUUCAAGCCGCCUUCAAGGGCUACAAGGCCCGCAGGGACAUGCGGCCGGUCUUCAAAGACGGCUUCAAAGACCAGACCAAAGAACCUAACGGCACCAUCCACCUAGAGUGUGUGGCGGAGGGCAAACCCGAUAAGAUGCGGUGGCUGAAGGACGGAGAACCGCUGCAGGACGGCAAGCACCACCACAUCGACAUCUACAACGACGGCACCUGCUCCCUGGUCAUCACCGCCAUCACCACAAAGGACACUGGCGUCUACUCGUGCGAGGUCACCAACAAGUUCGGAGUCACCUCGCACAGCGGCAAGGUCACGGUAGGGACGGAGAGAGAAGCGUCCGGCCGGCGCCCGCUGACCUUGGGCUACAGCGCCGACAGCGAGCCCGAGAGCUCCUCGGGGAGCGAGAUGGACGACUCGCUGCGGCAGGCGGGCAGACGCCUGCGGCGCCUGCUGCGCACGCGCCUGCCCCCGGACGUGGAGGAGGAGCCGUUUCUCAGCGCCGACGAAGGGGACCUCGGCGCUCCGGACCCGCACUCCUACCGGGAGGACGACAGCUACAUCUACAUUCGCUUCGACUCGCGGACGGAGGCCGAGGUGGCCUCGAAGAGGUUCACGGAGAUGUUCACGGUCCACGGCGUUCCCGUGGAGACCACCAUCCUGGAGGCGGGGCCCCUCAAAGUGGAGCUGCGGAUUAAAAAGAUGGGCUACACGCAAGACGGCACGCAGACCCCCACACAGGAGAGACAGCCUCCUGCGUUCAUGGCUGGAGCCCAAGCCGCCCCGGUCUUCUUGACGGAGCUGCACAGCCAGGACGUUCCGGACGGCUAUCCGGUCAGCUUCGACUGCGUUGUGAUCGGCAAGCCCACCCCGGCCGUCCGCUGGUACAAAGACGGCAAGCUGCUGGCGGAGAACGACCAUUACAUGAUCAACGAGGACCAGGAGGGCUGCCACCAGCUGAUCAUCACCGCCGUGCUGCCCGCCGACAUGGGCGUCUACCGCUGCACGGCUGAGAACAGCAGCGGCGUCGCGGCCACCAAGGCCGAACUCAGGGUCGACAUGUCGUGCAGCUCGGAUUAUGACACAGCCGCCGAUGCCACGGAGACGUCUUCCUACGUCAGUGCCAGGGGCUACAUGUCCAGGGAAACUGAGACAUUCGAGUCCGUAGCUGAAGACGACCAGUUGCCACAGGUUGUGGAAGAGCUUCACGACGUUCACGUCAGUCCAGGUUCACCUGUUGCUAAGAUGCAGCUCAAAGUGAAGGGCUUCCCCAAACCCAGAAUAUACUGGUUCAAAGAUGGCCACCCGCUGCGAUCCUCAGGGAGGAUUCUGCUGCUGGCAGAGAGAGACGUUCACGCCGUGGAGGUCCUGGAGGUGAAGAAGGAGGACAUGGGGGAGUACUCUGCUUACAUCAGCAACGCAGCGGGCUCCGCUUACUCCUCCGCCCGCCUGAUAGUUCUGAGUCCAGGGGAGAUUAUGCCACAAGAUAAAAGAGACCCUAGGGUGCCUCUUGUGCCACCUCGCUUCCUGGAAAGGUUCAGCAACAGGAAGGUGAAACAAGGAGCCAGCAUCACCCUGUCCGUCAAAGUAGAAGGCUCCCCCGCUCCGAUGGUCUCCUGGCUGAAGGAGGAGUCCAUGGAGGACGUCCUGUGGAUCAAGCCCGACACCAAAGGGUACAAGAUAGCGAGCUCGGGGCGCCAGCACAGCCUCAUCCUGAUGGACGUGGGCCCAGAAUACACCGGCGCCUACACCUGCAUCGCCACAAAUAGGGCGGGACAGUCCAUCUGCACGGCCCACCUCGGGGUGGAUCAGACGCCGCAACCAAAGAAGGAGCCCAAAGCCUCAGAGGUUCUCGACAUCACCGUCAGCGCUCCAGAGGAGGAGGAGGCGGCCGGCAGAGCAAAAGAGAGUAAAGCAUCGUACCUAGGUGAAGUAGGUACAGAGGAAUUCCUCCUGAAACUCACCAACCAGAUCACUGAAAUGGUGUCAGCAAAGAUCACACAAGACAGCUCACAGAAUCUUGAAGUGCUCCAGUGGAUGAAAUCUUGGCCCAAAACUACCACUUCUUUGCGCGUGCCCGGCGUUGACAGUGACGACGAGACCAAGACCCCCUCUGCGUCGCCCCAUCACGGCCGCUCUCGCCCCCCCUCCCUCAUCGCCGACUCCUCCUCGGAAUCCGACGAGGGGGACGCCAGGGGAGAGAUGUGCGACAUCUAUGUGGCAACGGCUGACUACAGCCCCACCUUGGCAAGCAAAGAGUCCAUCUCCCUCAAGGAGGGACAGUAUGUGGAGGUUCUGGACUCGGCUCAUCCACUCAAGUGGUUGGUCCGGACCAAACCCACCAAAAAUACCCCGUCCCGUCAGGGCUGGGUCUCACCCGCCUACCUGGACAAGAAGCUCAAACUCUCUGCGGAUGCGAGUGACCUCCCUGAGACGAGCUCAGAGGAGGUGUCUGAGGGCGAAUACAAAAGGAAGCUAUUCCAACUCAUCCAGGAGCUGGUCAAUGGCGAGUCGCAGUUUGUCAAGGAGAUAGACUUCUUUACGUCGCAUCACCGGAAGCAUGCCGACGGCCCCGAUGCACCGCCCGAUGUCAGCAGCCAGAGGGACGCCAUCUUCAGGAACAUCGACGAUAUCAACUCCUUCCACAGCGAGGCGUUCCUCCCGAAGUUGAACGACUGCGACACGGAUGACGACGUCGCCAUGUGCUUCCUGAAGAACAAGGAGGGCUUCGAGAGGUACCUCCACUACCUCGUCGGUCAGAGUCGGGCCGAGGCGGCUGUCAGCGACAAGGCCGUUCACCGCUUCUUCAAGGAGUACACAGAGAAAGUGCAGGCCAGUGCAGACCCCGCUGACCCGCCGGUACGCAGCAUCAACGCCAGCCUCCAGCAACCUCUGGAGAGGAUUCAGAAGUACAAGGCCGCACUCAAGGAGCUCAUCCGAAACAAGGCCAAAAAUGGCCAGAACUGCUGCCUUCUGGAAGAAGCUUAUGCCAUGGUGUCCGCGCUCCCCCAGCGCUCCGAGAACACCCACCACGUCUCCAUGAUCGAGAACUACCCGGCCACACUGGACGUACUGGGGGAGCCGAUGAGACAGGGACCUUUCCAAGUGUGGGAGGGGGCUCCGGGAAUCAGGUCGUCCUCCAGGGGGCACCACCGCCACGUGUUCCUGUUUAAGAACUACUGCAUAAUCUGCAAGCCCAAGAGGGACAGCGACACCGACUCGCAAGCAUACGUUUUUAAGAACAUGAUGAAGCUGAACAACAUUGACGUGAACGAGACGGUGGAGGGCGACGACCGCGCCUUCGAGAUCUGGCACGAGCGCGAGGACUCCGUGAGGAAGUACACCUUGCAGGCCCGCACCGUGACCAUCAAGAACUCGUGGCUGAGAGACUUCCGAGAGCUGCAGCAGCGAUACAGCACGCCUGCGUGGAGUCCUCCUGACUUUGAUGCAAUUCUAGCAAACUGCACAGCCGAGCUGGGGCAGACGGUUAAGCUGGCCUGCAAAGUCACCGGCGUGCCCAAACCCGCCGUCACAUGGUACAAGGACGGACGCGCCGUGCAGGCCGACCCCCACCACAUCGUCAUCGAGGACCCGGACGGCUCCUGCACUCUGAUCUUGGACAACAUGACGGCCGACGACUCGGGGCAGUACAUGUGCUUCGCCACAAGCUCGGCCGGCAACGCCAGCACUCUCGGCAAGAUCACCGUCCAGAUGCCUCCGCGGUUCGUGAAUAAAAUGAGGAACGCCACGUUUGUUGCCGGAGGAGACGCUCAGUUCACCUGCGUCAUACAGAGCGCCCCCAACCCCAAGAUCAGGUGGUUCAAAGAGGGCCGGCUGCUGACCGACCAGGAGAAGUAUCAGACCCACAGCGAGCUCCGCAGUGGCGUCCUGGCCCUGGCCAUAAAGAACCUGACGGAGAGAGACCUCGGACACUACGAGUGCGAGCUGUCUAAUCGCCUGGGGACGGCCAAGUGUGGCGCCGAGCUCGCCCCCCCCUCUGCUGCUGCUGCAGCUCGCGGGCAGGCCAUCCACAUCGAAGUUACUGAACAGGAGACGAGAAUACCGAAGAAAACCAUCAUCAUUGAGGAGACCAUAACCACUGUGGUGAAGAACCCACGUGUGAGGAGGCACAAGUCUCCCGGAGGCCACCGCUCAGAGACCUCCAGCCAGGAGCCCCCCGUGGCCCGGCCGAGGAGGAUGCCGCCUGCCCCGAGGAGGACCGCCGUGCCCACGCUGUACGUCACCGUACCGGAGGGCGCCGCAGCGAGAGCCCCGGAGGGCAGGCCCGGGUGGGUGGAGGUGGAGGAGGUCAUCGAGUACAAGGUGAACAAAUCGCCCCGGCUAUCGAGGAGGAGGGGCGCCUCCCCCGCAGGGUCCGACCGCGCAGCACUGGCCCCCAGGCCCAGAAGAUCUACGCCGGGGAACCCGAACACCAACAACUCCAACAACAAGCUGGUGGAGCAGGCCCAGCUGCAGGGAGACCUCAGCAGCCAGCCGCUCUCCUGGGAGGAGGAGGAGGAGGAGGAGGAAGAGGAGGGUGGUGUCCCCUCCGAUUCGGCCCCGGGAGUCACAGGAGAGCCGCGCGAGCUCUCGUCCGUCCUCAGUCCAGCCGGGGAGGACAGCGAGGACGAUCAAACCAUCGUCUUUGAACCCGACGACGAUGAAGAGGAGGAUCACAACUCGCUCGGAGGACCGCACCCAGAGGUUCUGACCCGAGGCGGCCGCGUUUUGACCCUGGAAGACUUGGAGGACUACGUCCCGGUAGACGGAGAGACCUACGGGGCGUCCGGCGGCAGGGCGUCUCUCCUCGCAGAGAAGCCCUGUGAGAUCUCGGUGCUCCAGAGGGAGAUCGGCGGCGCCGCCGUAGGACAGCCGGUGCUCCUCAACGUGGGGCGGCCCGUGGCGGCCCAGCGCCAGCAGAAAAGCGGCUUCUUCGGCCGGUUCAGGGAGCAUCUCUCCGGCAGCCUUUUCUCAUCCGGGGGCCCAGCGGCCGGCGGAGGAGGAGGACAGUCCAGAGCCGAGAGGACCGUCCCCAUCCAAGUGAGCCGCGCCGAGGUCCAAGUGAAGCCUUCGUACCGCUCCGAGGUGCAGAGGGUCGAGGGCGGGAAGCAGAGCUUCAAGACCAAAGUGUCCACUCGGACCUACGGCUAUACGUCGGUGGGAAACCCAGUCACUCUUCAGAUCGGCGACAACCUCCAUCAGAACCAGUAGGAGCCCUCUUCGUCUGAAAUGGGGGACGUUUUGACUUACAGGAACAAGGCAGAAGAGUCAAAGUAUUAAUGUUACCGUGAGAAUGUUUGUCCUCAACUGCUUUGUUACGUGCAGAAUGUCCGACACAGAGAAAAAAAAAAAUCUGAUUAAAAGUAGACACAAAGAAACGAUCAUAGGGUAUAUUUAGGUAUAUAUGUAUUUGGGGGGGGGGGGGUUUACUUUUGUACCUUUUGCAGUGCUUUAGCUUCCUGGAGCAGCAAAUGUUGGAAUUAGUGAGGUCACCUCUAGUUGUUUUAAGUUCAUUUAAAUCAACAUAACUUUGGCUGUUUAUUUUAAAUCGAAGAUUUGCGGUCAAAUUAAAACACAAUUUCUUCUUUAGGUGUUUGAAUUAUUUAUUAGUGAGCAGCUUUUAACAAAUAUGACAUUUCUUAGUAAACCAUUUGUAAAGUGGACCCUUUUCACUCUGUGACUGCAUGUGUUAUUUGUUACCAGGAAACAGAGGUUUGCACCAAUAAUUAAAUGUGACACUUUCUGAUUAAGUGCAAUCGCCGGGUCACAUGGAAGUGAGAUUAUUUAAAUGGGCGCCUUCACGGAUCUGCUCCUCCAAACCAGAUGCGUUUAUCGAGAAUAAGCAGAUCUCUAAUGUUGUAUUUGAGAACGCUCACAACAUCUACUACCUUUUUAAUAGCGACUAGAAACAGUACCUGGCCCUUGAAGAUGUGUGGUGGUGUUUUAAAAAAAAAGGUAUUUUAUUCAAGGAUUGGGUUAACGUUAACGCACUGAUGGAUUGUAAUGGCUUGUACUUUAUGUGUCUCUUUUUCAAAUGUGUUUUAGUUCUCUAAUAAAUGGUUUUACUGCAA